UCACCACUCGCUAUCAUCUGACUCACUGAGUUAACUCAACUCGGAAAGAAAAAUAAGAAAAACGAACGAAAUGGGCAUUUGUGUGUCGUCCGAUGCGAUCAAUGUUGCUACCGCGAAAUUGAUUCUUACAGACGGAACUUUGGUGGAGUUCUCUUACCCAGUUAAGGUUUCUUAUAUAUUACAGAAACAUCCGGCGAGUUUUAUCUGCAACUCCGACGAGAUGGACUUCGACGACGUCGUUUACGCCGUUGACGACGACGAUGAGCUCCAACUGGGGCAGCUUUACUUUGCCUUGCCGUUGGACAGGUUGAAUCAGCCGCUGCAGGCGGAGGAAAUGGCGGCAUUGGCCGUGAAGGCUAGCUCGGCGCUUAUGAAGGCUGGCGGAGGAGGGACGGAAAAAUGUGGAUCUCGGCGGACGGCAAUCUCACCGGUGACGUUUUCCGAUGAGGAGUUUAGGAAGGGUCCGAGAAAGGGGUUGAAGAAGGGGAGUGGUAGAAGUAGAAAAUUUACGGCGAAAUUGAGUGCAAUUCCGGAAUAAUGUAGUUUUUGUAGGGUUAAAAGUGUAAAUAUGAUAUGGUUCUAGUUUUGUUUUUUGGGCCUGUGGAGAUGGAGAGGUUGCUUUGUGUGGAUGUUUCGUUUCUUCCGCAUCCCAUGGCAAUGACAUGAGAUUCUUUGUUGUCCACUUUUACAUAUUUACCCCUCAGUAAAAGAAUAUUCUAAAAUAUCUAUUUCUCCAA